AUGUUGGUUGUCAAGGUUACCUGUGGUGUUACUGGGCUCCUCUAUAAGGGGACUCAGGGUGGUGGUGUUACUGGGCUCCUCUGUAAGGGGACUCAGGGUGGUGGUGUUACUGGGCUCCUCUAUAAGGGGACUCAGGGUGGUGGUGUUACUGGGCUCCUCUAUAAGGGGACUCAGGGUGGUGGUGUUACUGGGCUCCUCUAUAAGGGGACUCAGGGUGGUGGUGUUACUGGGCUCCUCUAUAAGGGGACUCAGGGUGGUGGUGUUACUGGGCUCCUCUGUAAGGGGACUCAGGGUGGUGGUGUUACUGGGCUCCUCUAUAAGGGGACUCAGGGUGGUGGUGUUACUGGGCUCCUCUAUAAGGGGACUCAGGGUGGUGGUGUUACUGGGCUCCUCUGUAAGGGGACUCAGGGUGGUGGUGUUACUGGGCUCCUCUGUAAGGGGACUCAGGGUGGUGGUGUUACUGGGCUCCUCUGUAAGGGGACUCAGGGUGGUGGUGUUACUGGACUCCUCUGUAAGGGGACUCAGGGUGGUGGUGUUACUGGGCUCCUCUGUAAGGGGACUCAGGGUGGUGGUGUUACUGGGCUCCUCUGUAAGGGGACUCAGGGUGGUGGUGUUACUGGGCUCCUCUGUAAGGGGACUCAGGGUGGUGGUGUUACUGGGCUCCUCUAUAAGGGGACUCAGGGUGGUGGUGUUACUGGGCUCCUCUAUAAGGGGACUCAGGGUGGUGGUGUUACUGGGCUCCUGUGUGUUUGUGGGUGUGUGUGUGUGUGUGUGUGUGUGUGUGUGUGUGUGUGUGUGUGUGUGUGUGUGUGUGUGUGUGUGUGUGUGUGUGUGUGUGUGUGUGUGUGUGUGUGUGUGUGUGUGAGUGUGUGUGUGUGUGUUUUUACUCCACCUGACCCACCCAGGGGGGUGGAGUCACAGAACACUGCAGUUAUAAGCAUCUUCAGAGAGAGACAGAGACAGAGAGCAGGAAAACGGUCAAGGUUUAAAGAAAAGAAGAUAACUGGUCCAGUCUGGAAUCAGUAAGGAGCCAACAGAAAGUCUUCUACGUUCUAUCGAGCCCAGCUGACACAUCGCUACGACAUGGCUGCAUCUGACAUUGACCCUGCAUUCUUUGAAUAUCGAAAAAUAACAGUUGAGCGUUCCAAACAUACUCUCAGGUUUGAAAAGAUCAGAGAAGUAGUGGAGGUAUUGUGGACAAAUAAACUUAAAACAAAGGAAAUCUACAUGUUCCUGCUGUUCUACACUAAAAACACUGCAGCCUGGGGCAGGGUUCUUCGUAUGGAACUCCUCUCAGGAAUGAAUAUAAGAUUUGCCAUAUACAGUAAUGGUACUGUGAUGAUCCAUUACCUGUAUCCUGAAAAUUACAAGAAAAAAAAGGAAGACAAGAAAGAUGCAACUCCACUGCAGGAGUUCAUAAAUAAAUUUCCAGAUAUGAAACUUAAGGCAAACCGGUAUAGAGGAGAGGGGGAGGAUGGGAAUGGGGAGGGAAUUCAACGUUUAAACAUGAACCCAGAGCAAGAAUUAAUAAACGAAUGCUUUUUAUGCGACCAUGAAUUUACGUGUUGUCGGGGAGAUUAAUAGAAAUCGUUAAUGCAGGAGAAGCCAUGGAACAUAUCUAUACAGGUCACAGGGUGAAUAAGGGGUACUACAUCAGUAGAUCAUCUUUGUACCGUGUGCUGCAGACCUAUGUUUGAUUUUAUGCUCAGAACUGAUUACACAGAUGACAUGUUAUAUUCCUAUGAUGUUCAAAAUAAAUCUGACCUGCUCAUUGUA